ACCCCGAGAUAAAAUGUUGGAUUCUGCCGGGCGGUGGAGAAGACGGUGUGCAGCCAGACAUCUCGUCCUCACCUGAGAGCUCUGAACAAACGAAUCUCCCCGAUUAAGCCAGUGCCUCGUCACAACGCGCGCUUUCGACUGUGGUUAGAAAAGAAACGAGGUCCCCUGGCUAUUGCGACCUAUAAUCCACCAUGGCUGCUCCAAUCUCCACCGUCGCAGAGAGCAAGGAGCUCAGAGGGCUCAAUCUCGUCGCCGCUCACUCCCAUAUCAGAGGUCUCGGUGUCGAUGCAGACACUCUUCAGCCGCGAUCAUCGUCUCAGGGACUUGUCGGUCAAGAAAAGGCGCGAAAGGCGGCCGCCGUGAUCUUGCAGAUGGUCAAGGAAGGAAAGAUCGCCGGUCGUGCACUUUUGAUCGCUGGCCCUCCUAGCACCGGAAAGACCGCCAUCGCCAUGGGCAUGGCGCAAUCUCUCGGAUCCGACGUCCCCUUCACCAUGCUAGCCUCAUCUGAAAUCUUCUCGCUGGAGAUGUCGAAAACCGAGGCGCUUACGCAGGCAUUCCGGAAGUCUAUCGGAGUGAGGAUCAAGGAGGAAAGCGAGAUCAUCGAGGGAGAAGUGGUUGAGAUCCAGAUUGACAGGAGUGUUACAGGGGGCAACAAACAAGGAAAACUCACGAUCAAGACGACGGACAUGGAGACGAUUUACGAUAUGGGGACCAAGAUGAUUGAUUCCAUGACCAAGGAGCGUGUGAUGGCCGGAGAUGUUAUUUCUAUUGACAAAUCCUCGGGGAAGAUUACCAAGCUCGGUCGUUCUUAUGCUCGCUCGCGCGACUACGACGCCAUGGGACCUGAUACCAAGUUCGUGCAGUGCCCUGAUGGCGAACUGCAGGUUCGCAAAGAAAUCGUUCAUACCGUCAGCCUGCAUGAGAUCGAUGUGAUAAACUCUCGCACUCAAGGUUUCCUCGCCCUCUUCUCCGGUGACACUGGCGAGAUUAGAAGCGAGGUCCGGGAUCAGAUCAAUACGAAGGUGGCGGAAUGGAAAGAGGAGGGCAAGGCGGAGAUCAUCCCUGGCGUCUUGUUCAUCGAUGAAGUCCACAUGCUGGAUAUUGAGUGUUUUGCAUACAUCAACCGGGCUCUCGAGGCGGAAUUGGCGCCCAUUGUUAUCAUGGCCAGCAACCGUGGAAUCACCCGUAUCCGGGGAACCAACUACCGCUCGCCACAUGGGCUUCCCCUUGACUUUUUGGAUCGCGUCGUUAUAGUUAGCACACAGCCAUACGCCAGCGAUGAGAUCAGACAGAUUUUGGCCAUCCGUGCCCAGGAAGAAGAGAUUGAUCUCUCUCCCGAUGCCCUUGCCCUCCUGACAAAGAUCGGACAGGAAUCUGGCCUCCGAUAUGCCAGCAACAUCAUUACCACGUCGCAUCUGCUGAGCCAGAAGCGAAAGGCUAAGGAGGUCAGCGUCGACGAUGUUCAGCGCAGCUACCAGUUGUUCUAUGACCCCAAUCGCAGUGUCAAGUUCGUCAACGACUUCGAGAAGCGGUUUAUUGGCGAAGAGGGCGGCGUCAGCUUCUCCUACGCCAACGGUGACGCCAUGGAGAUUUCGUAACGCUCUGGGGUAUUCCCUCUUCAUUUUCCCUACUAGGGUCUAUUCUUUCAUGGAGAAUUGGGAUGGAUGUUGUCCGGACAUGGAAAAAGUAGCACUAUCUGUUUUGUUUUCAUACCACGUUAUGUACGAUAAGGCCGGCGCUUGUUCAGGGCUCGUCAGCAGGGU